GAUUUCCACUGGCUUCUUUUGUGUUCUUCCCAUCUGGUGGAAUUGCUCUUGUUCUAGGGGGUUUUAGAUGAGCUGUCUUCCCACAUAUGCUGUGCAAUACUCCCUAAUUCCAGGGCUUUCUUCUUCUUCACAUUCCACCAUUGCCAGGUUGUCUAAAUGAAGCAAUUGCCAGAUUGGAGAAUGUAGGGCAACAGAACAGAUUUCACUGCAAUGUGCCAGUAUGUGAUACAGAUCCAGCUUGUUCAGAUGAGUGGCAACACACAUUGGACACAGGACAUCUGACAAGCUGGAACUGGAUGAUUCCUGUUGUCUCUUGUGGAAUUUCUUUUUUUCUCUCCAAUCCUUUUGUGUGAGACCCUAAAGGAGGAGGAAAAAAGGGGUUUACUUUCAAUGUACUGAAGCAUGUUUUUACCACGAUCUGUUAAAGUCAAGAGGGCUACUGAUGAGGACAAAAGUUGUACAGCUAAGAAAAGUAAACUGUCUUCUGGAGGACCUUCGCUAGAGGAGAUCACAGAGUUCCAGGACUGUAAGUCAGUUGGAACAGAAACUUCUGCUUCAACCGACAAUUCAAGUGAAAUUGUACAAGGACACACAGAACCUGCAGCUGCAGACCUUGGUGUUGCUAAUACAUCCUUGGCAAAGGACAGCCAAAAUACUGAGGAGGAUGGCUCUUUGGAAGAACCCAUAAAAUCCUUCAGCAAAUCCCAGCGCUGGGCAGAGCCUGGAGAGCCUGUGUGUGUUGUGUGCGGCCGCUACGGGGAGUACAUCUGCGACCAAACAGAUGAAGAUGUUUGUAGUUUGGAGUGUAAAGCCAAACACCUUCUACAAACUGAAGCAAAGGAAAGGCAGCUAACAUCUGAUCAAGCCACAGAUUCUCAAGCAGAAGCUGACCUCCUUAAUACACCUUAUUUCUACAAAGAUCAUUCCUUUAUUUUAAGUUUGCAGGAUGAGCAGGUUGAGAACCUUAAACUCCAGCUGGGUAUUGCUGUCCAGGGCCAGCAAGUUCCAAGACCUAUUGUAGAGUUUGAACACUGUGGUUUUCCUGAAACUUUAAACAAUAAUUUAAAGAAUUCUGGCUACGAAGUCCCAACUCCCAUCCAAAUGCAAAUGAUCCCUGUUGGACUGUUAGGGAGGGAUAUUCUGGCCAGUGCUGACACAGGCUCUGGAAAAACAGCAGCUUUCCUGCUUCCUGUUAUUAUGAAGGUUUUGAAAGAGACAGAAACUCCAUGUGCCCUUAUUUUGGCACCCACGAGGGAGCUGGCCAUUCAGAUCGAGCGGCAGGCGAAGGAGCUGAUGGCCGGCUUGCCCAACAUGAGGACAGUUCUGCUGGUGGGAGGUUUGCCCCUGCCCCCACAGCUGCACCGGCUCCGCCAGAGCGUCAAGGUGAUAAUAGCAACACCUGGAAGACUUCUUGAGAUUUUAAAGCAAAGUUCUGUUCAACUGCAUGGCAUAAAAAUUGUAGUGGUGGAUGAAGUGGAUACCAUGCUAAAAAUGGGUUUCCAGCAGCAAGUUUUGGAUAUUUUGGAAGACAUCUCUCAUGAUCAUCAAACCAUACUGGUGUCAGCCACGAUUCCAGUGGGCAUUGAGCACUUGGCAAACCAGCUUCUGCACAAUUUUGUCAGAAUAACAAUUGGAGAGAAGAAUCUGCCAUGUUCCAAUGUUCGCCAAAUUAUCUUGUGGGUAGAAGAACCAUCUAAAAAGAAAAAACUGUUUGAAAUACUAAAUGAUAACAAGCUCUUCAAGCCUCCAGUGCUGGUGUUUGUGGACUGUAAACUAGGAGCAGAUCUUUUGAGUGAUGCUGUUCAUAAGAUUACAGGAUUGCAGUGCACAGCUAUGCAUUCUGAAAAGUCUCAGGUGGAAAGAACAGACAUAUUACAGGGAUUACUUCAAGAGAAGUAUGAAGUUAUAGUAAGUACUGGAGUCCUUGGACGAGGGCUUGACCUUGUCAAUGUCAAACUGGUGGUGAAUUUUGAUAUGCCUUCAAGUAUGGAUGAAUAUGUACACCAGGUUGGAAGAGCAGGGAGAUUGGGUCACAGUGGAACUGCAAUUACUUUCAUCAAUAACAACAGCAAGAAGCUCUUUUGGGAUGUUGUGAAGAGAGUGAAACCUACAGGCACCAUUCUUCCCCCACAGCUGCUUAAUUCCCCAUAUCUGCAUGACCAGAAGAGAAGGGAACAACAGAGACUUAAACAGUUAAAUAAUAGCCUCGUAACAGGAGAUAAUAUUAUGGACAUUAUUAAAAAACACAGCAAAAAUAAUUCUCAGAGGUAAUAAAGGCAUAUUUAUGUAAUUACAAUAAGUAUGAAGUGUUGCCUUGUAUAUUGUAUUUUAAAAAGAAAUUUUACAGUUUUUAAGAAGUCUCCUUUUUAUCUCAUCUUUAUUUUGAAAUGUGUUAUUGUGUGCUUGAAUUACUGUAGUACCUAGUAAAACUACUCUGGAACUCUUUUUCAAAA